AUCAUGUAAGAAACGCUACAACUACACGUCAUUAAAAUAUUUCGGUGUUUUCAGUUUGAAUCCGAAGGGGUUAACGGGUGUAAUUGGAUCAAUGGGCAUAAUGCAGAGCCCCAGCAUCUAAUUUCAUUUGUAAAACUGCUCCUCGUCUAACGACAGGAGUUACUGUUGACUGCGGGACAAGUCUGCUUACUGAAAACAUUCUGCUGAAAGAGUUUCGGUCUCCUGCUAAAUGUUUAUGGGAUAUAUUAUAUCGUCUCUUGGUUGCCAUGGGAGAAAAGGAAGGUGUCAACUUUUCACAUGGAGCUUUUCCAGCCCUGUCCUAAACUGAUGAACGCAGUCUGCAUGUAAAUAUACCGCCUUUCACCGCAGUUUGAGUGACUCUGGAUUUAUGCCGACGUGGGACGUCGAGUACACGAGUGUUGUGAACUGGUUAGGACCAAACUAAGGUCACGAAAGAGGCUGUGUCGCUGGGUAAACUCCCACUAAUUUCUAACAUUCUUCCCUGGAUUUGUUUGACAGACAGCCGCCAUCAUUCCGUGCUGCGGAGGCGACCCAAAAAUGUCGUCCAAUGGCGAUCUGCAGGACAUCGGGAGCUGGGACAGCUUCUGGGAGCCGGGAAACUACAAGAGGACUGUUAAGCGCAUCGACGAUGGCUACAAGCUAUGCAACGAAAUGAUCACAUGCUUCCAGGAGCGAGCCAAGAUUGAGAAAGGUUAUUCACAGCAGCUAAAUGAAUGGUCCAAAAAAUGGAGGGGUGUAGUAGAGAAGGGGUCACAGUAUGGCACGGUAGAAAAGGCCUGGCAUGCGUUUAUGAACGCAGCAGACACACUGAGCGAGAUCCAUAUGGAGAUUAAAGAGAAACUGAUCGUCGAGGACAGCAAUAAGAUUCGCAACUGGCAAAAGGACGCCUUUCACAAGCAGAUGAUGGGUGGAUUCCGGGAGACCAAAGAUGCUGAUGAAGGCUUUCGCAAAGCCCAGAAAACCUGGGUCAGGAAACUCAAGGACGUGGAGUCCACCAAAAAGAUUUAUCACCAGACCCGUAAGGAAGAGCGCACCGCUCUAACCCGUGAAACCCAUGCCAAGGCGGAUACGACCAAAUCCCCAGAGGAGGUCCGCAAGUUCACAGACCGCUUGGAGAAAUGUACACAAGAGGCUGAGAAGGCACAAGAGCGUUAUGAGAGAGCCCUUGAAGAACUCAAUCGCUGUAACCCGCGUUACAUGGAGGACAUGGAGCAAGUCUUUGAAAUCACCCAGGAAGCUGAGAAAAAAAGGCUGCAGUUCUUUAAAGAAGUUAUGAAGGACAUGCACCAGCAUCUGGAUCUUUCCAGCAAUGAUCGAUUUAAAGCCCUGUUUCGAGACCUGGGUCAGACCAUCAACGCAGCCAGCGACACAGAGGACCUCAGGUGGUGGAGAAACACACACGGGCCCGGCAUGAGCAUGAACUGGCCACAAUUUGAGGAGUGGUCACCUGAGACGCGGACCAUCAGUCGGAAGGACAGAAACAGUCGCUCUGAUGAUGUGGUCACCUUGACUAAUAUUGUCUCAGCGGGAGAUGAACUUCCACAGGAUACUAUCAGGGCUGGUAAAGAUUACUCCUCAGACUGGUCCGAUGACGAGAGCCCUAAAAGAUUCAUCGCAGCCAACGGGAUGGACGAGGAGGAGAAGGUAGUUGGGGUUCGAGUUAAAGCGCUGUAUGAUUAUACAGGGCAGGAGGCUGAUGAGCUGAGCUUUAGAGCAGGUGAAGAGUUACUGAAGAUGGGUGAAGAGGAUGAACAAGGCUGGUGUAAAGGUCAGCUGGACAGUGGAGAGGUGGGACUUUACCCUGCCAACUACGUCGAAGCCAUCGCAUCAUGAUAACCUCCAUCUUUUCUGUGCUAGCCAUAAGGUCGCAUCACUGAACUGUGGGAUGUGUGACAGAUACACUAGAGGACUUUUUCUGAGGAUUUGUUUCUUUUUGACUUUAUGAAACACCAGUGCCUUUAUUGUUAAACAUCAGAGACAUUCAUUACUGUAACAUCACAGGGUCAGAUGGUUGU